AUGAUCUUGUAUCUUGACAAAGUCCAAGAGCUAUUGAAGGCGUUUCCUACCUUCACCAUCCAACACGUGCCUCGAGCAGAGAACGCGCACGCAGACACACUAGCAAGAUUAGGAUCAGCGCUUGAUACCCAGUUCAGACGCUCCAUCCUGGUCGAGCACCUUGACCAGCCAAGCAUAGAAGAGGCAGAGCAGCCAAACUUGAUGCAGAUCGACGAGGAUCCUAGCUGGCAAGAGCAAGACCCCAUCAUUGACUACUUGGUUAACGAAAACUUACCCAAGGACAAGUCCGAGUUCCGGAAAAUCAAACAGAAGGCUGCAAGGUACUACAUGAAAGGUGACAUGCUUGUUCGCAGAUCAUACUCUGGCACUUAUCUUACUUGCAUCAAGUACCCGCAGACGCUCGAGGUUCUCUGCAAAAUACACGACGGCGAAUGUGGAAAUCACGCUGGGGGCAGAUCGCUUGCCCAGAAGGCUCUUAGCAUAGGCUAUUUCUGGCCUACCAUGCGCCAAGACUCCAUGGAGUAUGCUCGAAGAUGUGAUCGAUGCCAACGAUAUAAGCCAAUCCCUCGCUUGCCAGCUGAGGAAUACCAUCCGCAGAACAGUCUAUGGCCUUUCAUGCAAUGGGCCAUCGACCUAGUGGAACCUAUGCCGACAGCACCUGCCAACAAGGAGAUGAUGAUCGUCGCAUGGAUUACUUCACCAAAUGGAUCGAGGCCGAGGCUUUAUCCUCUAUCAAGGAAGCUGAUGCAGAUCACUGCAUUCCUUGCAAAGUAUGGCAUCAAACAACACCUGUCAACCCCCAGAUACCCGCAAGGCAAUGGCCAAGCAGAGGCAUCCAACAAGAUCGUGCUGGAUUGCCUGAAGAAAAGACUGGAAGACGUAAAAGGAAAAUGGGUCGACGAGUUACCAAGAGUGUUGUGGGCUUAUCGCACAACCAAAAGGAGAUCAACCGGCGAGACACCAUUUUCUCUAGCCUAUGGGACAGAAGCAAUCAUCCCCCCACACAUCACAGUCCCUUCCAUGAGCAUUGAGGUGGGCAAUCUUGACCAAAAUUGCAAGCAGAUGAAAGUCAACCUUGAUCUGCUCGAAGAAGAACGAGAAAAGGCCAUUAUUCGAGUGGCAGCCUACUAG